AUGUCAGAAACUGCGAGAACUGAUGAGAGCAGUUCAAAGAACAUUUAUGGUGACCCACCAAAGAUCAAUGUUAGUCUUCCAGAGAUAAGUGAACUAACCCAGAAUUUUAUACGUUGGAAGGAUGUUCAACUCCCAAUUGACAUUCUGUUGUUAACAGUGAAGGACUGUGAGUUCUUGAGCUGCUACUAUUACAUUAAUGAUCCAUUAAGAAGCUAUUGCAAAGGACUUGGUCAUGUGUACUUUGGCAGCUUUGGUGAAGAUCAAGAUGUUAAACUGAAAGUUGCUUUGAUGAAAUGCUCAGAGAGAUUUAAAGUUCCUGGUGGUGCUUUAACUGUUGUAAAAAAUGCUGUCACUCAGCUGAGGCCAAAAGCUGUCUUUUCUGUGGGCCACUGUAGUGGUAUGAAUCAGGAAUCAACAAACCUUGGGGAUGUGGUUCUGUCAGAAAAGCUCACAACCUUUUCCUAUCAGAAGGUUACAAAGGAUGGAAAGAACUUUUGUGGGUUCACAACUCCUGUAAGCAGAGACAUUACUGAACUCAUUGAAUGUGCAAGUCAUGGUUGGAAUCCACCCCUAGAAAAUCCUAAAGAGAGGAAAGUUGAAGUCCUCUGUGGUGAGGUUUUGAGUGGUACUGAGGUUGUGCAAGCUGGAUGGCGACGAGAUGAACUAGUGAAGUCAUUUCCUGAAGCAAUUGCAAUUGAGACAGAAGGAGAGGGUAAGAUCUCUUUUUCCUUUGAAGUUACUGUUACUGUAAAAUCUGCUCAAAGAGAUAUUUGGAUAUAUUUGUAUCCUGGGAGAGAGAGUUGAUACUCAUAUCGUGUUGGCAAACUUUUCUGCAAGUGUUGAGAGAUGCACUGGCUUGUGAGUGAACAUACCGGACUUUAGAUCAAGAGGUCUGGGUUCAAGCCCAGGGCUAAUGUGAUUGUGUUCUAGUCUUGGCUGGGACACUUUACUCUCACAGUGUGUCUCCACACCCAGGAGUAUAGAUGGCAACUGAUGAACUGACCAGUAUUUCAUACACAUGUUGAGUGAAUAAGAGUAAAGUCUCAGUAGCUGAAUGGUAUGGGACCUGGGAGAGGCUCAUUCUACAGGGACUAGCUCGGCACCUAGUAUAUUUUAGGUGACUUUCCAAAAUAUAUCUCUAGUUCCUUACAAAUCUUUGAUGACAAUGGUAACAAUGGGAGAGGUUGAAAUCAGGAGAUGUUGGAGAAUACUAAAACUUGUUGUUUUAUUCAUAAUAGCUUGUUAUUGUAUGUCUUAGGAGUUUUCAGUGCAGCACAUGAACUGAAAAUGGAGUGGGUUGUCAUCAAGGGUAUUUCAGGAUAUGCAGAUGGAACUGAAACAAAAGAAACCUGGCAAACAUUUGCAAGUGUAACAGCAGCUUCACUUGUUGUCAGCAUUCUAAAGGAAUGCAGUAUUUUUGAAGAUUGGCCACAUUACAAAGGUAAACAGAUCAACUUUGGUCUUUUUUAGGCCUACAGUAUAUUUGCUAACAGUCACUAGCUGUGCUCACAGUCACUAAAUGUGCUGGAACUGAAUUACCAAAACUGAAUUAAAACCAUGAUUAAUGACCUAUGAUCAUGCACUGACCAAUCAGAACAGCUCUUCACUCAGAAUUGUUACAUGUUUGUCAGCAAUUUCACAGGCUCUGCUUUUGUGUGUUGCACUGGGCUAACAAAAUGUGAGAAAUUAAAGAUAAUGAUGUUGACCUGAACUUAACAUACAGGAGCUCUAAUUUUCUUUCUACAAAGAUGGAUGGUGGGAUGCUUUCAAACUUUUUGGGAAGAAGACUUCCAACCUCACCCCACUAUAUAAUACACCCAGAAACUCCUGCUUUAGCCCAACCCCUCCCCUACCAGCACAACCCUUAUUUUAUAAACCACAGGUAACCCAGGUUCCUCCAAUCGGUCCAAAGAAGGGCUAAUGCUCGAAACAUCAGCUUUAGAAACUCUUUACGGUGGCCAUUUACAUUAUCAACUUAGUUAAUAAAACCAAAUUAUCAUUGCUAACCGAACAACAGUAACUGUUAACUCUUGCAGAUAGGAAAUUACUUGAGCCAUCAUCGUUGUCUACAAAUUCCCAGUAUGUCUAUUGAGACUUAUAGGUGCCAGUCUUUUUCAACCCAAUUAUUGCAUGGUGCCUCUCCUAAGAACUGCGGUUAAAUGCUGAAUUUUUAUGCAGAGGAAGGAAGGAUCACAGACAUCUUAAAUUCCUCACGUAGAUUUGCAUUUUUAGAAAUCUUACACCCACAUUCGUUUGAGUUAUGUCCUAACCUUUGCAAGCAAGGUUAGGACGCAGUAUUCGAAUUAUGUUGGUUUGAACUACAUAAAGCCGCAUGUCUGUUUCAAACCUCAUAUAAGGCUGUCUAACUGCUGUCUGUUUGGUUUUGUGUUCUUGAAGAUAUUUCAACUGACAGACAACAUUCAGCACUGAGUAAAGAAGUUCCGUUAGAGCCAUGCUGCUCUAGUGCCCAGUCUUCCCAACAGCAACAUGUUUCGUCUACCAAAACAGCAGGUAUGUAUUUGAAUGAACAGAUGCAGUGAGAAACUGUUUCUUUUAUUCUUAUUGCUGUGAAACUCACCAUAGAGUUCUCUCUUGCUUAGUAGGAGAGCUUCAGAGCGCAGAAUCCGAGGGUCUGGGGCUCGAUGCUGCAUAUUGACUCAUGACAUCUUCCUUUAGACUUAACUAAUUAGCGUUGCUGUUUGCGGUUUAGCUUUCUCUCUUCUGUUGAUUAGCUAUUUUUCUUGAAACUUUAUGGCAUAUAUUCCAUAGAAAUCUCUUGUGUUCACGGUUUUCUUAGUCUUACAGAAAUACAUUUUUGCGGCUAGAUUUCUUUGACAUGCAAAUAAUUACCUGCCAUUAUUUAAUUAGUAAUGGACCUGAUUAAAUGCCCGCCUCGCUGUCUCUCGUUUUAAAUUACUUUCCUUAUGUUUGUAAGUUGGAAAAAGGAAGUCAUCAAGCGGGUUACUGGACCAGGGCAUAAAGCGCUCAAAGCUUGAAGGUAUUAGUCACUGGGGACUUCAGUUUUUAACUUCUUCAGAAUCUGCAUUCUGAUUUAGACUUUCGGACUGGAGGAUUUUAAGUGUUACAUGGUUACAACAAGAUUUGAGAUUUUCCUUAAUAAUAAUUGCACUUGUCACAGAACAAAUCAAUAUAUUUUUAAGAUUUUUGUGUAGCGGAACAAACGAUAGCCUCGAUUACCAGCUGCUGUUGAUGAAAUGAGCCCGCGCUUCUCUCCUUGACGGAUCGGAGACUGCACUUGAGAAUUAGGUGCAAAUCGAACCUAGCGACGAAGAUUUAGAGUGGCCUUACCCAAGCUCUUAUUGUAUGGAGUUUUUUUUAUAGCCUUUCGCAAACUAGAGAUAUAAAUGAUAGGUCACCAAAUCCGUUUGAAGUGGCGAGGACAUUUUUUCUUCCUGGCAGAAAAAAGAGAACAAGAAAUCUUCUGGUCGCGUAUAUGGGCGUGUAAAUUUCGUGUAAAAUGAUGCACGGUAGGAUGCAUAAUGCAAUGGCACGAAGUGGCCUGGAAACCAAAUUCCUCAGGAGACGUUUCACGAGGAAAGGAAAUAGCCCCAUUGCUACAAUGAAUCUGUUGGCUCGAAAAAUCUGGUCUAAUUUUUUUUUUCUUUUUAAAUAUACGUGGAUUCAGCAAAAUGGCAUGAAUAGAUGCAAUACAUACUACUCGCUAUCCUCUCAUCUUGAUGCUUUGCUGUGAUGUCUUUAUUUUUGUUGUCCAGCAAGGAGUUCCUAGUGACGAAGAUUUAGAGUAGCUUUACGCAAGCUGCUUAUUGUAUGGAAAAGAGUUUUUAAGAGCUUUUCGCUCGAUCGCAAAAUAGAGAUAUAAAUGGUAGGUCACCAAAUCCGUUUAAGUGGCGAUGACAAUUUUUCUUACUGGCUGGAAAAAAAAGGAAAAAAAAAGAACAAGAAAUCUUCUGGUCGCGUAUGUGGGCGUGUAUAUUUUUGUGUUAAAUGUUGGAAAGUAGGGUUGCAUAAUGAAGUUGCAUGAAUUGGGCUUGAAACAAAUUCAUUAGGAGACGUUUUAUUAGGAAAGGAAAAAGCUCCAUUGUCACAAUAAAUCUGUUGGCUCAAAUAUUAUGUUCUGGUCUAAUUAUCUUUUUACAUUUGUUACCAUGCAGAUGGUUCUACUAGACAUUUGCCUCCGCCCAAGGUGAAAUGCCGUUAUGAAGAGUCGUCUCCGAGUGGCGCCUUGACUCCAAAGAAAAUAGGUAAAAUGAGGAAAUGUCUAUGGGCGUGCCUGUUAACCCCCACCCUCCAACCCCAUCAUCCUUCCCCCGCUUUUGUAAAAUAAAAAUGCGUGGAUCCAGCAAAAUGGCAUGAAUAGAUGCAAUAUGUACUACACGCUAUCCUCUCAUCUUGAUGCUUUGCUGUGAUAUCUUAAUGUUUGUUGUCAAGCAAGGAGUUCCCAGCGACGAAGAUUUAGAGAGACUUUCGCAGAAACUCGAAGACAGUCGGGCGUCAUCUCGAAAUUGUGGAAGCAAGAUUAACGGCGUUUAACAAUGAAAAUAUAGAAUGGUCUGAAAAAAUCUUCAAAAGGUUAUUACAUUAGCAAAAUAGGGAGGGCUCAGCUGCAACAUACUCAUAAGACACCUAGAAUCUCCCGCCUUACCCCUCCCCUCCUUUUAGCCCAACCCCCAUUUUAUAAACCACACAUAACCCAAUCGGUCCAACGAGGGGCUAAUGUUCGAAUUUAAGCUUUAGAAACUCAUAGUUACUACAAUAUUUGAGGUUUUCCCUAAUGUUUGUCUUAAUAAUAAUUUCACUUGUCACAGAAAAAAUCAUGUUCGUGAAAUGAGCCCACGCUUCUCUCCUUCACGGGAGGAUCGAAGACUGUACUCAUGAAUUAGGGGCAAAUCAAACCCCCAACCUCCGCCUUCUCCCCCCCCCAAAAAAAAAAAAAAAAACACCGUAGUGAUCAGAUAGUGAAAAUGUGAAUAUUUACUUUUGGAAUUAUGGAGUGACGUUGUCAAAGUUACAAAUUACAGAUAGAAAGAAAUAUUCUCCUUAUUGUUUAAAAACCCUUCUCGAGUAAUUUUCUUUUCGAUGUGGGAGAAAGAGAAUUUUUACCAAGCUACUUGUUUUUUGUCUACAGACUCAUCUGUAACAGAAUUUUGGGAAUGGUGCCGGAAUCAGUUGAUGGCGUUUUACAACACCAUGUGUCAAGUGAAAAUAACACCAUGGGACCCAGACAACACGGUACACAUUGAUAGAAUUUACAUACAAGUAACGUUUUUACAAGACCACAGGAAACCUGACGGGACAACGAAAAAAAAGCUGGGAGACAGCAGUGAAGUAUUUGAAGGUGACGAAGAUCAUCCCAUCCGUAGACGAAUUCUGGUGUAUGGAAGACCUGGAAUAGGAAAGUCUACUUUCACUCAAAAAGUAGCUGUGGAUUGGACAAAUGGCAGAAAGAAGAUCCUCGAAAAGUUCAAUCUUUUACUGUUAAUCAGGUUACGAGACGUUUGUGGUAUUUCGGACCUCUGUACCAUGUUAAAAACAGCGGAACUGUUGUCUGCUGAUAACCCGAUGGCAGUCAAUAACUUGUGUGAAUAUGUACGUCAGAACCAGGAGAAAGUGCUGCUCAUUUUGGAUGGAUAUGAUGAAUACAGCGGUGGAAAAUCAUCCCUAAUUCAUCAGAUUUGGAGAGGCAGUCAACUGAGAGACUGUUGUGUAAUGAUCACAACGCGGCCAGUGAAAGAGGAUGAGCUCAGAGUGCCAAGUCACGCUCAGUUUGAACUUAACGGGUUCGAUAGCUGGGAACAGAAGAAACAGUUUGCAAAUAAGAUUCUUCCUGAUGAGGAAGAUGUUGAAGGGCUACUUGAAUACCUAGGAAAGCAUGACCUUGAGGAGAUGGCAGAGAUUCCGCUAUUGUUGUUGAUGUUGUGUCUUCUGUGGAAGAAGAAGAAACCUCAAUUACCAACAUCUCGUGCGGAAGUUUACGUAGAAUUUAUUCAGACUCUCUUGGAUCAUAUGGCUAUUAAAGACUCAGACAACGUCGCAACAGACAAAAGCAUAGAUGAAUAUCAAGAGGAACUUUCCAAAAUAGGAAAACUUGCUUUUGAUGCUCUUUUGGAGGACUGCCUUCAUUUUAACUUCAGUAAAUUUCCUAAAGGUGAUCUGUUCGAGAAGCUUAUUCAUGUCGGUUUUUUUCAAGUUUCCAAACUUUCCGCUUUGAACCGUGAGAAAAUCGUGUAUUUUCUUCACAAGUCCGUUCAGGAGUUUCUCGCCGCCCGGUUCAUCGUUCAAGAAGUGAAGGUCAAGAAGAAUGAAACUGUCACCUGCCUGUCAAGAAUGGAUACGUUUGAAAAAUCAUUGAAGAUGGUUGAAGUUCUGAAAUUCGUUUGUGAGUUGUCAUCAGAUGCUGCCGGCUUUGUUUUUGAUCAUCUACGUUAUGUCGGAGAGAAAGAAGGUCUCACAAAUUACAACUUCACCAGGACGCCUUCAUUCAAAGAUUUUUCUCUAGCACAAAAUGAGUUCAUUGAACUCUGUGUCGAUUGUUUGUUCUGUUGUCCAGCGUCAGACAGACUAGCUGUGUAUUCUGCAUUUCUCUCAUGUGUUAACUAUGUUGUAAUGCUUAAUUGGAAACACUUGUCUAUUGCUGCCAAAACGCACUUCUUCAAAGACACCACCAGCUUCCCCAACUAUGUAUUUUACCCAAGUUGGAAGAACUUUGAUGAUUUACUACCCACAUUGUCUGACUUGAACGCGGUCGUUUUAACGUGCUCUGGAGAAAUUAAAGAUUUUAAAAAAUACCCCGGUUUACGCAAUGCGGACUUUUUCCUCGAAAAAAGCGGAAAUAGAAACUUUAUCUGUCUUUGUCGCAUAACAGAUGCUGAAUUUCACUCUAAACUGCUUUCGGAAUUGAUAUCAACGCCGGUUUGUUCUUCUCAGCCACCUGUGGAUAAUCUGGGAAAGAAUGAAGACAACAACAUUGCGCUGUCUUUGACUGAGAACAGAUCUGACCAGACACAACAACAUUGUUUGUCACUGGUGAGAGAGGUUGAGUUACAUUACCCAGCAGUUGAGGAUUUUGUUCUGUUAAAGAACUUGUUGCCUUUAUUAACAGCUCCUCGAUAUAUUGAUAUAUGGGGGGGCAUGAUAAAUGCCUUGGAAAUUAAUUCGAUUGAGAGCGUUCACGGAAUUAAUUUUACUGACAAUCUCCACAGUUUAAGAUUUUGUGGUAUCAAUCUAACAGAAAAGUGUGCUGCUUUUAUUGCUGAGUCACUGCACCACUCUCCAAACUUGCAUGAGCUCAUAUUUUCAUCGAACCCCUUACACAGUGGUGUGAGUCAUUUGGUUGAGAAUCUUCAUCACGUGCCACAGUUGACUGUGUUAGAGUUAAGUCGUGUACAAAUGGGAGAAAAGGAAUGUGCUGCACUGGCUGCCUCAUUACAGUACUUAAACAAGUUAGAAAAACUGAAUUUAUACCACAAUGCACUGGGUCACGGGAUUAUUGAACUGGCCAAGAACCUGAACAGUGUACCCAAUCUGACUGGCCUGGACCUGUUGGAUACAAAUAUGGGUGAAGAUGAAGCAUCAGCACUGGCUCAUGCACUAAAGGAUGUACCAGAGCUGAGCGAUCUUGAUAUGGCUUGCAAUGCACUGGGUCACGGGAUCAUUGAACUGGCCAAGAACCUGAACAGUGUACCCAAUCUGAAUCAGCUGAACCUGUCGCAUACAAAUAUGGGUGAAAAUGAAGUAUCAGCAAUGGCUCGUGCACUUAAGGAUGUACCAAAGCUGAGGCAUCUUGAUCUAGGGCAGAAUCCACUUGGCAGUGGAGUCAGGGACCUAGUUCAGCAUCUCAGCAGUGUUCCUAAGCUGAAGUACCUGUCUCUUGUUCCUGUUCAGAUGACAAAGACAGAGAUUGAAGAGUUGUGUACAGCAGUAAAAGGGAGAGGCAUCACUUUGCUCACUGAUUACCAUGUA